AUGGCCUCCUUGACUGAUGAGGAAAGAGCAGCCAUUUUCAACAGUGCCAAUGACAACGAAGACGGAAUUCCAGUGGAUGACCAGUUCGAUACGACUCCAGAGUUCAUUAAAUCUCUCUCAGAAAAGGUCAAGAACGGUUUUGAUGCAAUCUGGACGAGAACGGGAAUAUCAGAACCUGAAAGACAAGAGAAACUUCGAGAAUACGCAAGAAAACACUUCAAUAAGGAGCAGAAAGAAGGAUUUGAAUCUUGGCUCAAAGCGAUUAUCAAAGCAAGACAGCAGAUCUCGGAUCGGGUUGAACACUUGCCAAAAGCAGCGAGAGAAAUAUUGGAAAAAAUUGUCAAAGUUCGUGAAGAGGAACGCCAAUUGUUGUACUCACUUACCCCAGAAAUGCAGAGGUUGCUCCAAGGUCUAAUCUGA